UCACUCUCGCUCACUCCUUCAUUUGCUGGUGUGAUCAGGGGCUGGGGUGGUGGUGUGUGCAGUACGGCAGCAGAAGCAGCAUCAGGAUGGGAGUGUUAAUAACCCGAGACAUCAAAGAAAUGAAGAUGGGAGAGUGAGACACAGCGCGAGCCCGGAGUGAUCGGAGUGUCAGCUCUCAGAGCCGGAGGAAGAGACAUGGACGACUCUCCGAGUAAACACCUGCUCGGCCCGAAGAAGAAGGUGAAGAUCCACCCCAACACGGUGACGGUGAAAUAUGCCACCCACUUCCCGCAGCCUGGAGAAGAGGGAUACGAUGACGCCCCGAGCUUCGAAGAUUUCGGCUCCUUUGUAGAAGAGACCUCCGACCGGAAGAGGCUGACCUCUACUGGACCUCAGAGUAAACUGGGCCGGACGUUUUUUGGCUCUGUGGACGGUCAGCCCAAACCCGGUGGGGAUCAGAAGGUCAGCAGUGGGGUCGGAGGUCAGCUGCAGAGUUUCGGGGAGGCGUGUGUGUUCUCCUCGAGGCUAACGUGGGGGGCACUGUUCGUGGCGGCGUUGGCGCACGGCUGCGUGGCACUGCUGACCCGCCUGGCCGCUGACCGCUCUAGGGUUCCCUCGCUGGAGCUGCUCUUCAUCCGCUCGGUCCUGCAGGUGCUGUCCGUCGCCGUGGUCUUCUACCACCAGGAGGAGCCGUUCGGGCCCAGUGGCUACCGGGUGCGGCUCUUCUUCUACGGCGUGUGUAACGUCAUUUCCAUUUCCUGCGCCUACACCUCCUUUGCCAUCGUACCGCCGAGCAACGGCACCAUCAUGUGGCGUGCCACCACCACGGUGUUCAGUGCCGUGCUAGCGUUCCUGCUCACGGAUGAGCGUCUGGGUGCAGUGGACAUGGUCACCGUGGUCAGCAGCGUGUUCGGACUCUGCCUGGUCAUGGUGCCCAACAUCGUGAGCGAGGACCGGUCGCUCGGGUUCUGGAAGGAGGCGUUCGGGUACACCAUGACGGUCAUGGCAGGCCUGACCGCCGCUCUGUCUAUGAUCGUCUACAGGUCAAUUAAGGAGAAGGUGAGCAUGUGGACGGCUCUGUUCACUUUCGGCUGGACGGGGACGCUGUGGGGCGCCUGCACCAUGUUCGUCCUGCAGGAGCCCAUCAUCCCUCUGGAUGGGGAGACCUGGGCGUACCUCAUCAGCAUCUGUCUCUGCUCCACCGUGGCGUUCCUCGGGGUGUACUACGCCCUGAACCGCCUGCACCCUGCUCUGGUCAGCACCGUCCAGCACCUGGAGAUUGUGGUGGCCGCUCUGCUGCAGCUGCUUGUCCUGCACAUGGUGCCGUCCGUCUACGACAUGGUCGGAGGCCUCGUCAUCAUCAUAAGCGUUGUUGCGCUGGCGGCAGUGAAGCUGUUCUGGGUGGGGAAGAGUCGGAGGCAGGAGUACGAGGAGAUCCUCGAUUCGCCAAUUAAAUAAUUGAGUUCAAUUAUUUAUUUUCACUUUGUCUAAAUGCCAAGUUGUAAACUAAAGACCAAAGCCCAAUUAGAGCUGGAUUAGAUUCAUACCGGGUUAUUAGUGUCGGAUUGUACAAACUACACACUACAGAUUCAUACUGGAUUAAUUUAAUUUUCUAUAGUUAAACUACACUACAGAUUUAUACUAAAUAAAUCAGUUUUCUGUUGGUUAACUGCACACUACAGAUUCAUACUGAAUUAUUUUUUUUGUCAUAGGUAAACUACACACUGAAGCUUCAUACUGGAUAAAAUCAGUUUUCCGUAGUUAAACUACACUACAGAUUCAUACUGGAUUGAAUCAGUUUUACAUAGUUAAACUACACUACAGAUUCAUACUGGAUUAAAUAAGUUUUCCAUAGUUAAACUACACUACAGAUUUAUACUGGAUUAAAUCUGUUUUUAACAGGUAAACUACACUCAACAUAUUCAUACUAGAUUUAAAUCAGUUUACAGUUAUUACUUAAACUACACACUGCUGAAUCAUACUAGAUUAAUAACAGAUUACAGUUAUUGUCAGAAUUCGUACUGAAUUAAAAUUAGUUUACAAGUAUUGCUGAAACUACACACUUCUGAUUCAUACUGGAUUAAAAUUGGUUUAGAAUUUUACUGAAACUUCACACUGCAGAUUCAUAUGGAAUUAAAAUGAGUUUUCAUUUAUAACUGAAAGAAUAAGCACUGCAGAUUCAUAAAGGAUCGAAAUUGGUUUACAGUUAGUAGUAAAAAUUCACACCAAAGAUUCAUACUGGAUUAAAGUCAGUUUAUGAUUAUUACUAUUAUUUGCAUUAUAACUACACACUGCAGGAUUAAAUGGAUUAAAAUCGAAAGAAUAAAUACUGGAUUAAAAUUACAUUACAGUUAGUAGUAUAAUUGCACACAGCAGAUUCAUACUGGAUGAAAUGUCUGAUUAAGGGUAAUCCGAUCCAGCUCUAGUAGGGUUUAUGGAGGGUGUGGGGGGGUGUG